CUAACCUCCAUCUACUCCUACUAACUAAAGAACUUCACCAUGCCUCUCGUCGUUCCUGGAAUCAACUCCUCCAUGGGAAACAAGACCGAUUGGGCCAACAAGCUCAUGGGCAAGAAGAUUACCGAGGCCUCUGCUGAUAUGAAUUCCUUUGCGAAGAGGGAUCUCCCCGAGUCCCAUCGGAUUCUGCGGCCUGGAGACAUGGCGACGAGGGAUCACAAGCCAGAGAGACUGAAUAUCCACCUUGGUGAAGAUGACACGGUCCGCGAUGUCAACUAUGGUUGAAUU